AUGUUGUUGUCGUACACUCCAAAGAAGAACAAAAAGGUGUUAUUGAUUUCCUCAAUGCAUUUUGCUGGAGAUAUGAAUGAAAAUUCCAUGAAACCUGAGAUAAUAGACUUUUACAAUAUUAUCAAAGGCGGUGUUGAUGUAUUGGACAAAUUAUGCCAUGAUAAAACCACUUGGAGGAAAACAUUGAGAUGGCCAAUAAGAUAUUUUUAUGAGAUGGAAAUGAGAUUGCAAAACCCUCGCCUUCCCAGAGAAUUAGGGUCAUUAAUUGGCAAAGUUUUGGGAAAAGAAAUCGAUAUGGGCGCAACCAGCAGUCAAUCAGGACAGCCAGCAGGACAGAAGAAAAUCAAAAGAUGUGAUUUUUGUGAUCCCAAGAAAGACAGAAAGGGGUAUUCAUUUUGUGGUACGUGCAAUAAAUCUUUGUGUGGAGAACAUAAAAGAGUGAUUUGUCCGACUUGUGAUAAUGCUACUGACACCUAG